AUGGAGCCUCGUUUUGGGAGUAAGUUUCGUCUUGGCCGGAAAAUCGGGAGCGGCUCAUUCGGAGAGAUUUAUCUUGGAACUGAUGUUCAGAUUAACGAAGAAGUCGCUAUUAAGCUCGAAAAUGUGAAGACUCCGCAUCCGCAAUUGUCGUAUGAGUCGAAGAUAUAUAGAGUUCUUCAGGGUGGAACUGGGAUUCCGAACAUGAAAUGGUAUGGCGUCGAGGGAGACUACAAUGUUUUAGUGAUGGAUUUGCUUGGUCCAAGCCUUGAAGAUCUGUUUAGUUAUUGUAACAGGAAGUUUACUUUGAAGACAGUUCUCAUGUUAGCUGAUCAAAUGAUUAACCGUCUCGAGUAUAUCCAUUCUAAGUCGUAUCUUCAUCGUGAUAUAAAGCCGGAUAAUUUUCUCAUGGGUUUAGGAAGGCGGGCAAAUCAGGUCUACAUUAUAGACUUUGGCUUGGCUAAAAAAUACAGAGACAGCUCAACUCACCGACAUAUUCCAUACAGGGAGAAUAAAAGUCUAAUUGGGACUCCGAGGUAUGCCAGCUUGAACACUCACCUAGGGAUCGAGCAAAGUCGGAGGGAUGAUAUAGAAUCACUUGGUUAUAUCCUCAUGUACUUCCUCAUGGGAAGUCUUCCAUGGCAGGGACUGAAAGCUGGGAACAAGAAACAGAAAUACGAUAAGAUUAGUGAGAAGAAGGUUUCUACUACCAUCGAAGCAUUAUGCAGAGGUCAUCCAACAGAGUUUGCAUCCUACUUCCAUUACUGCCGCUCACUUAGGUUUGAUGAUAAGCCAGACUACGCAUAUUUGAAGAGACUAUUCCGCAACCUUUUCAUUCGUGAAGGUUAUCAGUUUGAUUUUGUGUUUGACUGGACGGUAUUCAAGUAUCAGCAAUCGCAAUCUGGAAACCCUCCACCUCGUGCCCAUGAUGGUGGUGUUGGAACUAGUUCUGGAUUAAACGCUGCGGUUGGCAAUGCUGAGAAGCGUCCAGAUAUCAUAAAUCAGAGAACAAAUCCGGAUUUUACCCUGAAGCAGAAGACCAAGAACGAAUCUGGAAUUGCUAAGGACACGCUGCUUCCAGGAUCCUUCCACUUGGGUCGAUCAGAAGGAUCAUCAACAAGACGAGUUGUGGACUCGAGUAGUCGUGAACCGUUCAGCGGCGGGAGUGAAAAUGCAAACAUUGAAUCCGCACUCAAAGGGAUUGAUAGCUUGCGGAUCAAUAACAAUGGAGGCGAUGAGACUGCAGCAUCGCCACAAUCAAAUGGAGACGAUAAUACUACUAGUCGUGUAGAACCCAAAGCAAAGUUUUCAGACUGA